AUGGCUUCAAUGAAAGAUGACGACUUUGUCGAGGAAGGGCUCCUGGCCUACAAGGACAACUCUUCCUCUUUCGAGAGCGAUGAGACCAGACGGCCAAUCAUCAAGCCUGCCUCAAGGCGAUUCGACAUCCUGUACACACUAUGCUGCAUGUUCGCCGGCGUAGCCUUCUCACUCGUCGUCCUCAGUAUAACAGCCAGCGUCAGGAUGGCCGCCAUUAGGCCCACCACCCUCUACCACAACUGGCAGCUGGACAUCCCACUGAAGCUGGGCGAGGAGCCGAGGGAGAACGGGCCCAACUGCGGCUCGUCGCCAAGGGAGGCGCGCGACCUGGGCUGCAAGUUUGACCUGGUUCUGUACUCGUGGGUGCCCGAGCCGUGCUACGAUCACGAGAUCCAGGUCGCCUACCGGGAGCGCGAGUCGGAGUGGUGGCGGGAGCGGGGCGGCGUCGGCGGCGAGAAGAUCUCACAGGACCGCGCUGCGCUGGGCAUCGAGGAGGCCAUGUGGCUCUCGUGGGACUAUCAUGACUACCACUGCCAGUUCAUUUGGAAAAUGAUGACGAGGAUACUGCGCAACACUAGUAUGGGGGUGCCCGGUCGGCUGCUCGAGUACCAUCACACCGACCACUGCAUCGAGGUGCUUAAGGGCAUAGACCCGGGCCCGAAGGAGGACAUCAGCACCAAGGUCUCUUUGAACUACUCUACGUGUUACUCGCGGAUUUGA